AGAAGUCACUUCCUCCCAAGCUGUUUCCACGGCAACCAGAGGGAAUCCAACAUGGCGUCCGGGAUCCGACCGAUCCUUUCAUCCACUCCUCUGCAGGUCCUCCUCUACCUCAACAGCUGGUACUUUGCAGCCUUCUACCUGGCAGAGAUCUUCAUGUUCAUCUAUAAAGGUGUUUUACUCCCGUACCCGUUAGAUAACCUGGUUCUGGACGUGGUGCUGCUGCUCCUCUUCCUCGCUCUGGAGACGCUCAGGAUCUUUUACAGCUGGAAGGGGAACCUGUGUGAACGCUCUCUGGCCUCGCUGCUGUCUCUCUUCAUCCUGUUUGCGUGUGCAGCUUUGUCCGUUUAUUACCUGCUGCUCCAGACCUUCGUCCUGCGUCUGGAGUUCCUCCUCAACGCCGUCCUGCUCUGCUUCUACGGCCUCGAGUUCCUGCUCGGACUCAUCUCCAUAUCUGCCUUCUCCAGGUCUAAAGUCUACUGAAGCAUCAAACACUCCAGGACGGACCCGAGAACUGUUUUUAUUUCUGAAUUCUGAGACCUCUCUGUAAAUACAAAUCACUGUUAUUUUUUUAUGAGUGUAUCAACGUUGACAUGAAGGUGUUUUUGUAGAUAAAUUCUGAGCUUUUUAAAAUAAAACCGAGGGUGAAAUAAAGGUUAAAAUCCA